CCUCUGCUUCCCUACUGUUAGGACUAAAGGCAUGCGCCACCAUGCCCGGUUAAAUUUAUUUAUUUUAAAAUUUGGAAUCCAUUUGAAAAGAGUCUGGCCAGCAUCCGACAGCAUGGAAUACAAAGGCUCACUGAGGAAAUAAGAAUUAGGGGACAUUUCACUGUGCUUUUAAAAUUGAUAAUUUUGGAGUUUUGUUGUUGUUAUUCUUUUUUGUGUGUGUGAGAUAGGGUCUCUCAUGUAGACCAGGCUGUCCUUGAACUCGCAGAGAUCUGCCCAGUGCUAGGAACAAAGCUUUGGCCACUCGUAAGGGGGCCAGAGGUCGAGAUCCUGUGUUUUCCUUCAUACUCUGCUUUCCUAGGCCACCAACCAGCUCCCAAAUCAUGACACAGUGACUUAUUGUCAGUUGUGAAUGCUCCUCAGCCUAGCGUAGUUUCUGGUAGCUCCUUUAACUUAACCUGGUUGUUUUAAUCUGCUUUUGCCUCAGGGCUUGUUACCUUCUGAGUAUCCUGCUGUCACUGCUGCUCUGGCUGGCGGCUGCCUGACUUCUUGCCCCAGAGUGGCGUUGGCGCUGUUUCAGAUCCUUGCGGUGGAGGCGAAGACGGGUUGAGCCCAUAGCAGCAUCGCAUGGAGAACAAACAAUACCAACGAGUCGACGGCGACAUCAUCAAAUACGCAGGCCGCCAAACCUAUGACUCUGCAGACAGGCAGCAAGGCCAGGCCAGGCAUCUGAGCCCCUCGCUCGGACAUGGUGAACAGGUAUUGGUAACGCCGGUGUUACCACAACAAAGUGUCAUCCCUCAUGACCCCGUACCUGUCCUUCCUGCUUUGAAUGGCGGUCCUUUAGUGGACAGACCCUGUGAACAUGAAGGUGACUCCAGCCAGGCCGAGGCUCCCGCUGUGCCCUGUAGUGUCCCAGAUGCAGGCGGACCGAGUGCAGGCACGAGGUCCAAGAAAGCCUCCAAGAACCAGAAAGUGCCUCUCGCUGGACCCGCGUCACCUCCCUGUGAGGGCUGUGGGAGUUGUCCUUCGUGCCAGCCCCCGCGGACGGAGCCUGAAGUCCAGGAGAGCGCCUGCAAGCGUCCGGACUCCAGGAAGAAAUCUGAGAAAGGCAAACAGAGUCCUAGCAGGACAAAGAUUCUGGAAUGUAAACGAUGUAGGACUGUGUUCUCCUGUCCCCGCGCCCUUAAGAGACAUAUGCGAAGUCACAAGGGCGAGAAGCGUCACGCCUGUGACACCUGUGGGAAGACCUUCAGCUUCCACUCCUACCUCCAGCGGCACAUGAGGACGCACACGGGGGAGCGGCCCUACGGGUGUGAGGAGUGUGGGAAAGCCUUCCGGUCCCCCUCCCACUUCCGGGAGCACAUGAGGCUGCACAACGGAGAGGGCCUCCGCGAGUGUCCCAAGUGUGGGAAAGCCUUCACCUGCCAGUCGUCCUUCCGCGACCACAUGAGGACGCACACCGGGGAGCUGCCGCACGUGUGCCAGCGCUGCGGCAAAGCCUUCUCCUGCUACUCCUCCCUCAGGGAGCACGGGAGGUCGCACAGCCAGGAGAAGCCCUACGAGUGCAAGGAGUGUGGCCGAGCCUUCCGCUACCCCGCGUCCCUGAGGGCGCACUCGAGGAAGCACGCCGGGCUCGAGUCCCUCCUGUGCGAGAAAUGCGGGAAAACCUUCCGCGGCGAGGCCUACUUCCAGACGCACCUCAAGAUGCACAGCGGGGCGCGGCCGUACGCGUGCGCGCAGUGCGGGAGGACCUUCGGCUUCUUCGCGUCCCUGCGCAUCCACGUGGGGACCCACACCGGCGAGAGGCCCUAUGAGUGCCCGCAGUGCGGGAAGGCCUUGGCCUCCCGGUCUUCGCUUCGUGAGCACGUCAGGACACACAGCAGCGAGAAGCCGUAUGCCUGUGAGCUGUGUGACAAAGUCUUCAGUCACGCCCAGUAUUUUAACAAGCACAUGAAAUCCCACAAGGACGGGAGGCCCUACCUGUGCAGCAGGUGUGGGAAGGCAUACCGCUCUUCCUCGUCCCUCCGUGCACACAUGAGGACACACACCGGGGAGAGACCCUACGAAUGCAAGCAGUGUGGGAAAGCCUUCAUGUCUCUCCCAGCCCUUCUAGGACACAGGAAAAUUCAUGCUAGAAAGAACACUUAAGAGGCCACCGCUGGAGUGUGGCCCAGUGAUGGGGUGUCAGACACGCAUAGCCCAGGGUCUUGGGCUCAGCCCACACAGAUAGAUCACCAUGGGUGUGAAAAGUGUCUUCUGGUGAGUGGAGAAAAGCACACUGGGAAGAAACAUCACGUGGAGGACCCAGGAAAACCCUGACUGUGUGACCUCAUCUGUUCUCUUUCUUCUUCUUCUUCUUCUUCUUCUUCUUCUUCUUCUUCUUCUUCUUCUUCUUCUUCUUCUUCUU